UAGCUUUUAAAAGAAUUUCUCAGUGUACAUAACGUCAGCAAAAGCACAUCCACUCUACGCUAGUGCAAGUCAGUUCGAACAGGAUAUAUAAAUAGAUAAGAAAGUGUGACUCUUACAGCUCUAAACGCUGUUACAACAACCUUACAUGGCAUGACGAAGCGAACAUUAAUCGCAACGUGGUUUAUUGGAGCCCGUGGUGGAGUGCAAAUAGCAAACCGUCCGUUGUCGCUUUGCGCACUCAUGAAAAACGUGAACACAACCGCCAUCGUAGAUAAAAAUAGAUGCAAGGACACAUUUCGCGUCAAGAGUAUUACAAACGCAAACGUUAAAGAGUUGUGUCAGAUCAUUAAACUUUUGCACUUUCGCCACAUCUAUAGCCAGCAACUGCAACCGGCAUACACCACAAAUCACUCAACACAAAGCAAACGCGACACAAGGCAUGCAGCAAAAAUCGGACUAAACUCAAUAAAAUUAGCUGUCUGUGGCGCAGGCAUUUGUUGUCACCACUUCAUGUCGUUGCUGUUGCAAAUGUACGACAUCAAUUUAGUAUAAUUGGAAACCUCAAGGCGUCAGCAACGCGUCAAGUGCAGUAAAAAAGUUCAAAAAUAUUUUUUGAUUUUUGAUGAGGAGAAUUCAAAUUUUGUAAAAAAAAAAAAAAAAAUUAAAGUGGAUUUUCUCAGAUCGUUAUUUGAGAUUCGUUCGUAUACUUUUGCGCCGGACUUUGAAGUAACUGCAACCGCACCAGCGUCAACGUGUACUUCUACAUUCAACA